AUGUACAACAUGAAAACAACGUUACGAGGGAAUCGCCGCUUCUUCUUUCGCUUAUCGCUUAUCGCUUCCAUUUCUUCUAAAUCAGAGUUGAAAGAGAAGAAGAAAAGGAACUCUGAAAUGGAGUCUCAAGCGUCUUUGAUGGAGGUUGAAGGAGGCAAUUUCGGUUGCUCACAUUACAUGAAGAAAUGCAAGCUCAAAGCACCAUGUUGUGAUGAAAUUUUCAAUUGUCGCCAUUGCCAUAACGAAUCCAAGAAUUCCAUUGACAUUGAUCCAGUUCUUCGCCAUGAUCUUCCUCGACAUGAAGUUAAGAAGGUUAUAUGUUCUCUAUGUGAAACCGAACAAGAUGUUCAACAAAAUUGCAUCAAUUGCGGAGUAUGCAUGGGGAAAUACUUCUGUGAGAAAUGUAAAUUCUUCGAUGAUGACGUUUCCAAGAAUCAAUACCAUUGUGAUCAAUGUGGCAUAUGUAGAACAGGCGGACAGGAGAAUUUCUUUCAUUGUGACAAAUGUGGAUGUUGUUAUUCAAAAGUGAUUAAAGACACACACGUGUGUGUUGAAAGGGCAAUGCACCACGAUUGUCCGAUUUGCUCUGAGUUCUUGUUUGAUACAUUGAGGGAUCUUACAAUUUUACCAUGUGGGCAUACAAUGCAUUUGGAUUGCUUAAAAGAAAUGGAACAACAUCAUCGAUAUUCUUGCCCUGUUUGCUCAAAAUCCGUAUGUGAUUUAUCGGAUGUUUGGAGAAAGCUUGAUCAUGAGGUUGAAGUGACACCUAUGCCCCAGUCGUAUAGAAACAAAAUGGUGUGGAUAUUAUGCAAUGAUUGUGAGAAGAUAUCAAGAGUGCAAUUUCACAUAGUGGGGCAUAAAUGUGAAAAGUGUAAUUGUUAUAAUACACGACAAAUAAGAGGAGCUCCUUCGUCUGAAUUCACAUCUUCGGCUUCUGAGGAGGAUUGUAAUUAGUCAAAUAUAAGGGUUUAAAAGGUGGUGUUAUAUAAUAAAAUGUUAAAGAGUUUUUUUUUUUUUUUUUUUUUUUUU